AGUCAGUCGAGUUUCUGCUGAAAUGAAACUGAAGUUUGUUACUCAGAGCAGUCGGGAGUUUCUGACACCGCAGCAAAAACAUCUCGGACACAUCUGUGGUGCUCAUUAACGCGUUUGGACAAACAACAGUCCACUGAAUCAGUUUUUGGAGUCAGUCAUGGCGUCUUUCAGCUACGAGUGAAAAGCGAGGCCGCGGUCUAAAGUUUGCAGUUAACCCGGCAAACAGCAGCCCUUCACCGCCUCAGAUUUGAGCGACGCACCGGCUUGAGAAUUUUUUUCUAUUUAGACGUGAUGUAGAUGUCUGAAUGCCCCUGCAAAUGUUGUGACAUUAAAAAACAGAAAUGAAAAGUGAAUGAGGAAGUAACAGGACUAUUUAAGAAUAUUUCCCUUUAUGUGACACAAGAAAACAACAGCACCUGCUUCACCAUGCCUGCAUCUUCACGGUUACUGGCCGGUCAUGAGCUGACGUCUCCGUACAAGAGUUUACAUGACAGUUAUGUGUCCAAUCGCAGGGACUCCAAGUGUCCCAUCUCGACUGUGCUGGCUGUCGGAUGUGUGGUGGUUUUGGGUGUUUUAUUGGCCAUUGCAGUAAUCGAGAGACUGAAGUAUGAGGAUCAAAUCAACGAGGCUCUGAAUCCCCAUCACACGCCGCCCUCCUGCAAUCAAACUGACCCCACUGAGCACAGCAGAAUUGUUCUGGUUGAGAGUUUCCCUCUGGGUGUGGAUUACGGGAGAAAUGCGAAUACUGGAGUGAAUCUGUAUGAUGCCUGGAAGGAUCUUCUGUCUUUGGCCUCCAAACAGAUCGAGGUGGCGUCGUUCUACUGGUGUCUGACCGGCGAGGACAUCAACGUCAACUCCUCCGCCGACACGCUGGGCAGAGACAUUUUAGAAGAGUUCAAGGCUUUACCGUCCAGAAACGUGUCGGUGCGCGUCGUCACCAGCAUCCCCACUUUAGCUCCCAACUCAACCGACCUGAAAAUCCUCAAAGAACACGGAGUGCAGAUACGCCGUGUGAAUUUCGGCCGUUUGACCAAAGGAAUUCUUCACUCAAAGUUCUGGAUCGUGGAUGGGAAACACGUUUACAUCGGAAGCGCCAACAUGGACUGGAGAGCUUUAACGCAGGUCAAAGAGCUCGGCGUGGUCAUCUAUAACUCCAGCGCUCUGGCUGCUGAUCUUCAGAAGAUUUUCCAGUCGUACUGGGUCAUGGGUCGCUCCAACGCGUCCAUCCCGGAUCCGUGGCCCUCCGACUACGACACCCAAAUCAAUGAGGAACGUCCGCUGACACUCAACCUGAGCGGAGUAGAGAGCAAAGCUUACAUUGCGGCGUCUCCGCCUGUUUUCUGUCCGGACUCUCGCACACAAGAUCUGGACGCGAUUCUGUCGGCCAUCAGAGGAGCUGAGGACUUCAUUCAUGUGGCGGUCAUGGAGUUUUAUCCCGCCUCGAAAUUCUUUCAUCAUCACGGAUACUGGCCAGUGAUUGAAGACGCUCUGAAGCGCUCAGCCGUGGACAGGAACGUGUCGGUCAGUCUGCUGGUCAGCUGUGGAUGGGAAUCGGAUCCGGCCGUGUGGCCCUUCAUCAGGUCUUUAGAUGCUCUUCAUUCGCCAGCAGACGACAUCAACAUCGCUGUGAGAGUGUUUGUCAUUCCAGCGGGAAACCAGUCACACAUUCCUUAUUCCAGAAUCAACCACAACAAGUACAUGGUGACGGAUAAAGUGGCGUAUGUGGGCACGUCUAACUGGUCAGCGGACUACUUCAACACCACGGCCGGUGUGGGUUUAGUGCUUUCCCAGGAUCCUUCAGAAAACUCGUUCCAUCAGCAGCUGCGAGGCGUGUUUGACAGAGACUGGAAUUCACCGUACUCCCAUCCGCUCGCUCGUCUCCACCAGAACCACGACUGCGCUUUCUCCACGUCUGCACCAUAGACACCUCACACACACAAUAUUACCAUCAAAUAUAGCACAUAUGCGCUUUAAACAACCGUUACAUGCAUCAAAGUCACUAAAUAAGGGAACUUCUGUAUUUCUAAAGCUUUCUUGAAGCACAUUUCACUUGAAAGAAAUUCUCUUGUACAAUACAGUUAAAUAACUGGAUAAAGUUUGUUUCAUUUCAGUGUUUUUCAUAGUCAGUGUUUUAGCAUUAAUAUACAUGUCAGAGUAUUCAAAGUUUUUGUGGCAUAUUUCCCUGAGAAUACAAUAACAUGUCAUGGAUGUUGAAAUAUUGCUGUAAAAUCUGCUCUAGAAUGUAUAAACAAAUGCAAGUCUGACUUGAAAAGAUAAUUUUAUUUUUUUGAAUUUUUUUUAACAGUUUCUACUUUCAUAUGGAUAAAAUUUCAUCUUUUUACUUUAAUAUAUAUAAUUUCAUAAUCAUUUUGUCAGUAUUUUUCUCCUCAAAUAAUUGUAAAAUUAAAAAUUUUAAAAUUGAG